CUUGGCGGCCAGUUCAAGUUGCCAUAGCAGAGAGAAACUGGCUUGUCCCUCUUCAGUUGUCACUUGCUAAAGUGACUUGUUAACGGUUUCUAUGUUGCUAAUUCAUGCUGGCUACUCCUGACCAAAACAAUGGAAUCCUCCAGCGAGUCAGACACCUUCGACCGGACGAGGGGGCUGAGGUCACGGGGGCGGAAUGCCAGCUCUAGAUCGCGACGGGACAGUCACAGAACAGGUCCUGAUGCUCCAGCCAUUUCAGAGAAAAUUAACACCUUGGCGAGUACUUUACAGGACACUAAUAGGAAUUUGAACAAAGUGGACCGGAUGUUGGGGCAAUACAGAGAGCACACAGAUGACCAGGCGGAAGCCAUGGCAACAUUGAGGGAUAAUCUGGAGGAGUCUAUCGCUCAGCUGCAGAACCAGAGGCUGCAUAGUUCCUCAGGGGUCCGGAGUGCCUCAGCCUCCACCCUGCACACCAGCGACCUGGAAGCUGGCUAUGGCUCAGAGGGCCAGCGCUUCUACCCCACGUCUCCCUUGAAGGACUAUGGGAGAUCUGAGUCGGCCGGAGAAGGAGGAGCGAGAAGGAGGUCUAGAUCAGCUACAGUCCGCUUCAGAGACUCCAGCCUGCCAGACGGGGAUGUCCACGUCCUGCACCAGUCAUUCAGAGACCUGCGCAGUGACCAGCUGAGACUGGGGGACGACAUGGACAGAGAAAUCCUCAGGAGGAACAGGUCUGACAUUGACACCAGACGAGCCUUGGAGAAUCUGUCUGAGCACCUGACGACUUCACAGAGACAGGACUCGGUGUCGUCUCGUGUGGAGAAGCGUCUGCAGGAGAUUGAGAGGGAGAUGCGUUCGGAGCGACAGAGCGUGUCAGACAGACGACCAGAACAGCGGGGUAUCAUGUCUGAUGAACUGCAGGAGGCUCUGAGGAGGCGAGAGGCUCGGGACCUGGAAACUGAGGAGGCCGUCAAGAACAAACUACUGAGAUCAGAGAGCGAGAAGACCAAGAUGGAGGCGGAACUGGAGAGGGCCAGGAGACAGCUGGACCAAUCAGAAGGAGGCAGGGGCGCUCUUCUACAACAGGUAGAGGAGAUGCGUGUGCAGCUGCUGAGGACAGAGAAGGAACGUAUGGAUCUGCAGAGGGAGAUCUCCCAGCUCACUACACAGCCCAGAGCCACUCGCAUGGACAGGGAGGAGAGAGGAGCAGGACUGGGACUAGACCGGUCUUCGGAGCUGGAGAGAGAGGUGCAGGAGCUGAGAGCCCAGCUGAGCAGGACAUCUGUCCUCAGUGAGGUGGACGAUCUCAGGAGGACUCUGGAGCGCAAAGACCGAGAGAGAACACAGCUCUGCAACCAGGUCGAGGUGUUGUCGUCAGAACUGGCGAGGCGCGAGCAGCAACAGUUGAGGAUGCUGGAGCAGUUGAAGGAGAUCCAAGGCCGUUCGGAGGCGUGUGCUGCCGAGAGGGCCCGGGCCCUGCUCAGGGCUGAGGAGGCUGAGGCCCGGCUCCAGGACAGCUCCACGAGGAGGGAGGAGCUGAAAACCAGAGCCCAGGAGGCAGUCAGACAGUGGAGGGCCAAGUGCAAGAGAAUGGAGAGGGACAUGGAGGAAAUGAGGGGACAGGCCCAGCUGGACACGGAGAAAGCCAAACAGGCGUGUAAGGAGAGAGAGCUGUCCCGGGCCCAGCUGAAAGCCUUCUCCCAGCAGACUGAAGGGGUGCGCAGGGAGCUAGCGGAGGUGCUGGGGCGUCUGGCUCGGAGCGAGGAAGAGGUGCUCCGUAAAGACGUGGAGCUGUCGGAGACGCGGGCACGUCACCUGGGCCUAGAGCAGGAAGUGAGGGAGGUGAGGGAGGCCUCCAUAGCCCUGGAGGAGGAGGCCCAGCGGCAGUCUGUCCUGCAGGUUAGGCUGAGAGAGGAGAACCAGAGUCUGGAGGAGAGGGCUGAGGCCGUGGCCCGACGCAGCCAGAGAGACCAGGAGGAGUUACAUAGCCUCCAGGCAGCCAUGAAGGAGUUAACCUCCGCCCGUGCCCAGCUCACCACCCGUCUAGCUGAGGAGGCGGCGUUCAGGACGGAGCUCCAGAGGAGUGGGGUGGAGGGGGCAGCGCGGCUGGCCGCAGCCCAGGAGCAGAGGGCUUCCCUGGGGCAGCAGCUGGAGCUGGAGAGGGAGGUGCACCAGAGUGAGCUGGCCAGUCUCAGAGCCACUGUGCAGAACGGCCGGGCCAAGCAGGAUAGAGACAUACAGGAGACACUACGACUCUGUAUGAAGGAGAGAAAUGAGAUGGAGCAUCACCUCAAGGAGAUCAAGGCGGAUGCCGCGUCGGACAAGGAGCUGGUGAGGGCUCUGCGUGUGAAGCUGGACAGGAUGAAGACUGAGUGUGACCGGAUGACAGAGGAGCUGAGCGAAGGAGAGGAGCAACGCUCACACCUCCGCGGGAAAUACCAGCUACUCAAGCAGGAACUGGACGACAAGGUGAAGUGCAUGGUUCAGGGAGAGGAGCGGAGGCGUGGGUCAGAGGAGGCUGUAGCGACACUAGAGGACAGACUGUCUCGUCUGGACACUGAACAGGAGUCCAUCCUCAGUUCUGUAGCAGAAGAGAUAGAUGCUGCCUGCAGAGCACUGUUCAAGGACUCCCAGGACAAACUCAAAGCCAUAUCCCUCAAUCCUGGACUCCAGAAAGACCCUCAUCGCUGGUUGGCUGAGACCAAGACCAAGCUGCGUUGGCUAUGUGAGGAGGUGUCUGUCCAUGAGGCCAGAGAGAGAAAGCUGCGUCGGCAGGUCCAGCAGGACAGAGAACAGCUGAAAGGACUGAGACAGAGCAGAGACUCUGAAAGACAGGCCCUGCUACAGAGACUGGACCAGCAGGAGAAACUACUGUACUCCAUCAGCACAGAGAAGAAAGAACUCCUGGAGAAGACUCGGAGGAAGGAAAAUGAGAUGAGAAGUCUUCAGGAUCGUAUAUUGGAUCUGGAGAUGAGCACCAGGCUGGCGGUGGAUCACCUGGAGUCAGUCCCUGAGAAGCUGUGUCUGCUGGACAACUUCAAAGACCUGGAGGAGUCUCAGCGGCAGAAGGAGUUGGUGGAACAACGUUACAUUAAAUACAAAGAGAUCGUUGGAGUCCUGCAGCACCAGCUGGAUGAGUCCAAACGACAGAUACAGGAGUGCAGGGAUGACAGGUUGGACGCUACAACGCAGAGCAUUCGAUUGACUUCUCUCUCCUCCUCCAUAAGAGGCCCUAGCGCUCUCUUCACCAGCUCCAUGCUCACUGACACCACGUCUCCACACAAACACCUGGCCUCUCCAGACUGCACUCUGGACUAUAGCCUUUCUCUGGACCGCCGAGCCUCUCCUGCUGUCAACGGUGCCCACCCUCACUCCGUCUCCGUCCACCUCAACAGUAACACAUAGUGCCCACCCUCACUCCGUCUCCGACCACCUCAACAGUAACACAUAGUGCCCACCCUCACUCCGUCUCCGACCACCUCAACAGUAACACAUAGUGCCCACCCUCACUCCGUCUCCGACCACCUCAACAGUAACACAUAGUGCCCACCAUCAGGGAGUCACACUGGUUACAUACAUGUAUUCAUCAACAAGCUUUUCAUUACAGAGUUGGAUAGAGGGCUCACACAGAAGUGCGUUUUAACAUGGGCAUAGAGGCGAUAAUAGCAAAGGUAGUGGUGGGCCCUCUUUUUAACUCUAUGCCUUACUGACAGUACAAUCAUCACCCAACUCUAUGCAGUACCGUGGUUGCAAAGCAUCACCACAACGGUCUUCCGUGAAUACCUCAACCAAAAAACAGCCAACCCUUCCAAGCUGCGUAACUAGCAGCCAACCUAGAAAACAGCUAGCAUGAAGCCAAGCAUACAUACUAAGUGCGAUUGUGAUAAGUAAAACAGGGUUAAACCUAGUGGAAGGUUCAUAGCACAUAGCUUGGGGUGUCUUAUAAGAGAACCACCAAAUUUAGCACUGUGAAAGACGAUUGCAGCUUUUUUUAUGAACCGAUAUUUAUGAAGAUUUUUCAUUGCCUGUUACUUUGUGCAAAGAAAGCAGGCACAGCUUAAAGAACCCAUGAAGUUUGACUGAAAAUAGAUUGAAGAACCAGUGAUAAAGCCAAGAUAGGUCAACAUUCCAACAUGUCAUACUAACGUUACAUUUCUAUACGUAUUUCAACACUCAAAACACUUCUCUGAAAAACACUAUUUUAAGCCCCAAUGUUUACCUUUUUUAGUGACAGUUUUUGUACUCUGGUGUUAUCAUGCCAAUGUGUUUUAUCUGAACAGAUUAGAUGUGAUGAUUAUAUUUAUGCUGACAUUCUGUGAAAGUUGUGCUGCCGUUUUAACUUCAUGUAGCCCAUGCAUUAACAAUAUAUUAUUAUUAUUUUCAACAGACUUGACAAGUCACAAGGAGUUUGUUUUUAUAUUGGACUGUUUUUACCACUACCGUCAUUUUUUAUUUAAAAGAUGUACUUUUAUGCAUUUGUGGAAAUACGUUUUUAUUUGUAAAGAAGAAGAAAAAUGCCAAUAAGCACAAUAUAUGUAUAUUUUUAUGAAAUGUAGAAAAGAAUAUAUGCAAUAAACAAAUCUCCACAGAUCUGUAAGGAUCAUUUC